GACUGACUGACAUUGUCGUUUGUUUACAAGUGAAAAUAGUAUAGCUUUAGAGUUUUAUCGAAUAUCUACACUUAUUCUAAUCAAUCAAACCAAUACAAAUAUAAGACGUAGAGAAAAUAAGCAAUUAUAAGCUUAAUUUCUAGAAGGUCUAUCAGGUAACAGCCAGUCGUCAAAAUAUCUCACAAUAUUACAAGUCCUACGCAGCUAAGCCAUAAUUUUAGUUUACAUUUACAAGCAAGCAAAUCUAGACUAAAAUAAUGGAAAUUGCUAGUGAUGUCGAUAACGCAACUGAAAGAGAAAACGAAGAAGACAUCGACCCCAUCAAUGACAUAAUCGACUAUCUCGUGCGCUGCGCUAAAAUUUCAUUUAAAAACGCACAUGUGCAUGAAACUGAGGUCAGAACCGGCGACAAGAUUAGAAUGGCCUGCGAUUUGUACCAACGAUCACCCACUGAGUUCUUAAUGCAGUUUGGCAAGUACUUAGCUCCUUACCAUGUUGGUUACUUUGAAAAUCUACAACCAAAGGAAGGGGAAUUGGAAAGAUACAAGGAAUGCAUAAUUCAACUGAAAAAUUACCAUUCUGAAGACAGCAGAAGGAAGAGAACUAGAAACCGAAGAUUUAAAGCAAUGCAAAAAUUACAAGAGGACACAGAUUAUUUCAGUGAGAAGCAAAUGAUGUUUAGAAAUCCACUUCUGUAUGAACAGCUUGUGGGGCAAUACCUGACUGAUAAGGAAAUAGCAGAAAGAGACGGAGUAGACAGAGAAAAUCUUACAUUCCUGAAUAUGAUAUUAGAGACAGUUGAUAGAAAUCAAAUGAGAGAAACAAAAAAUGAGCAAAUGCUAGAAGAAGAGGAUGACAGUCCUACGUCAUCUGAAAAAGGUGAAAACAGCAAGGGUGAUGAUGCUCCACCUAAGAAUAGGAAACAGUGGGGUGAUUUUGACACUCCAGAUACAACCCCUAGUUUCAAACCCGAGAUAAGGAAACAGACCAUGAUCAGUGCACCUGAGAGAAGAUUGUUACGCGAGGAGUUUCUUCAAGAAAUGUUUAGUAGUUUCAUUGAAGGGAGAGAUGAGGAUGUAGACUACAAUAGCAUUGAUAAUGACGAGCAGUUUGAUGACCUGCAGCAGGUGUCCCAGGAUGCAGAGGACAGAUACUUUGAUUCUGAAACUAAUGAAGUUGACAACCUUGAGGAGCAUAUGAAACUUGUUCAGGAAUAUGGCAGAAAGAAUUCAAAUGAUAUUGGCAAUGCCACUGAUGACCCCUUAGAUUUAUUUAUGAAACAUAUUAAAAUAAAGCAAAACUGCAACUAAAUUA